CUGGGGUAAAUGCUCUUCGUUUGAUGCGCUUUGGAAUUAGCAAGGGUUUGCUGAGGAUCACACGCCUUUUCUUCCACUCUUUCGCAGUUAAUCCUCAAUCGCAGCACGAUCUCCACUCAUGGAGCCGGAAUCUCGUCCUCUGGACCAGCGCCAUCGCUUCUUGCAACUGCAAUGGCGAUCCAGGCAAGGCGCUGGCGAUAUUUCGGCGAAUGCUGCUCCAUGGAUUGCUGCCGGACAACGUCUCCUUCAUCACAGCGCUCAAAUCGUGCGUCCGGAUCCAAAGUCUCGCCGCAGGGAAGUUCAUCCAUCUCCUGGUGAUCGAAUCGGGGCUCCUGACACAGAUCUCCGUGGGGAAUGCGCUGGUCAACAUGUAUGGGAAGUGCGGCAGCCUGGCUCUCGCGAGAGAGGUCUUCGAUGGGAUGGAUCACAGGGAUGUUAUAUCCUGGAACGCGGUCAUCACGGCAUAUGCCCAGGCUGGUCAUUGCAAAGAGGCCAUGGAACUCUUCCAGGCGAUGCAAGAAGAUGGAAGAAUCGAGCCAGACAGCGUCACCUUCGUGGCUGUUGUAAGCGCGUGCUGCGAUCCGUCGGCGCUGGAAGCUGCGAACAGGAUUUUUGCGCUGGUUGAGGAGAGAGGCCUGCUCGAUUCGGACGUAGUUCUGGGCAACGCUCUCGUCAACAUGUAUAGCAAGUGUGGGAGCUUGAAGUCCGCCACCAUGGUGUUCGAGAGAAUGAAGAUCCGAGACGUGGUUUCGUGGAACGCGAUCAUCUCAGCGCUUGCAAGGCACGAUCGAAAGGAUAUCGCGAUGCAGCGCUUUCGGGAAAUGCAGCUAGAGGGGCUCUCUCCGGUUAAAGUCACGAUGGUCACGGCGUUGAGCGCUUGCAGCAGCAUAGCAGCAUGCAAGAGGCUAGGCUCUUGGAUCAUGGAGCGUGGUUUUGCGGCAGACACCAUUGUGGAGAAUGCUCUCAUCAACGCUUAUGGCAAGUGUGGAGGCUUGAGAAACGCUCGAGAGCUCUUCGACAGCUUCAAGAUGAGAGACGUGAUUUCCUGGAACACUAUGAUAGCUGCUUACGUGCAGCAUGGGCAGCACUCGCAGGCUCUGCGGCUCUACCAGCAAAUGGAGAUGGACGAAACAGUUCAUAGCAACAAGUCUACUCUUGUGAUAGCUCUUGGUGCGUGCCUGGCUCCAGACGCUCUCGCGCAAGGUAAACUCAUCCAUUCUCGCUUGCGUGGCUUUGGAUACGACUCUGAUGUCUUUGUUGCAAAUGCGCUUGUCAACAUGUACAGCAAGUGUGGGAGCCUUGACGAUGCCAAGUCUGUUUUCAACGAGGCGGCUCAAACAGACGCUGUGAGUUGGAACGUCAUGACGGCGGCUUACGUCCAGCACAGUCGCAACGAAGAUGCCAUUCAACUGUUUAGAAGCAUGCUGCUGAAAAGCUCUUUGCCGGACAGGAUAACCUUCGCUACUGUCCUCGGAGCGUGUGCCGGUCCUGCAGCUCUUCCACAGGGUAAGACGAUUCAUUCCUGUGCUUUUGAGAGUGGACUCGAGUCUGACGAUAUCGUGGGAAAUGCUCUUUUGAUCAUGUACAGUAGGUGCCAAAGCGUUCACGACGCGGUCACGAUCUUUGAGAAGAUGGAUCGACCAGCUAUAGUCGUGUGGAAUACGAUGAUUGAGACGUACAUUCAACACAAAAUGUUCAACGAAGCAAGGAUGCUGUUCUUUGAGAUGGAUGAGCGGGACGUUGCGUCUUGGAACGGUGCAAUUGGAGCAUGCACUGAAGAACACUGUUACGAGGAGGCAUUUCAGCUCUUUCACGAAAUGCAGCUGCAAGGCUUCGCUGCAAACAAGAGCACCUAUCUUACGCUACUUAGCUCCUGCGACAGCCAAAGUCCGAAGUGGCUCUCACGGACGAAAUUGGUGCAUCAUCGAAUCCAUUCGAGCGGCUUUGAGUCGGAAGAAGCUGUUGGCAGUGCUCUUGUGAAGGCAUACAGCAGGUGCGCCAGCAUAGAUGAAGCCAGGAGAGUUUUCGAUUCUAUAUUACAGAAGGACGUAGUGCUGUGGACCACGAUGAUCUCGGUUUAUGCUCAAGACGGAUACAGCGAAGCGGCUCUCGAGCUCUUCCAGCAAAUGGAGAAAGAAGAAGCAUUACUUCCGGACGGUUUCACGCUCGCCUCGGCCUUGGCGGCUUGCACAGGUCCGGAAAUGCUGGAAGAAGGCAGAGAGAUCCAUGCUCUGGUUAUCGAGCGCGGCUGUGAGUCGGAACUUGUGGUCGGGAAUGCUCUCGUGAGCAUGUACGCGAACUGCGGAACUCUACAAGACGCUCUGGAGUGCUUCCAGAAGAUGGCCCAACGCAACGUCGUGUCCUGGAAUGCGAUGAUCGCAGCCUACGUCCACCACAACUGCGACAAGGAGGCCUUCCGGAUCUUCUAUCAGAUGCAGCUGGAAGGAGUGCAGCCGAACAGCGUGACUUUCGUCACCUUUCUUAGCACCUGCUCGACUCCGGCAGCGUUUGAAGACGGUCUAAUACGUGCUCUGGAAGUCGAGAAGCGAGUGGAGUCCCUUGAUGCUCUCGUCGGGAACGCGCUUCUUCACACCUAUGCCAAGCUUGGAAAGCUGGACGAGGUACAGAGAGUGUUCCAGAGAAUGGAGAAGCAGCGGGACGAUGUGGUGACUUGGAACGCAGUGAUUGAAGGCAGCGUCCGGAAUGGCGAGUUUCGAAACGCUCUGGAGCUGUUCGAGCGUAUGCAGCUCCAAGGUACGGCUCCAAACAGCGCCACCUUCAGCACCAUACUCACCACCUGCGCAACUCCACGGCUCCUGGACCGAGCCAAGCAGCUUCACAGCAUCAUUCGAGAGUCCGGCCUGGAAGCGGACGUGUCAGUCGGAAACGCCGCCGUUCACAUGUUUGCCAAGUGCUGGAGCCUCGACGACGCGCUCGCGGCCUUCCAGAGGAUGCCUCAGAAGAACUUGGGAAGCUGGAACGGACUCUUGGGAGCCUACAUUCACGUCGGGCGCCUCGCAGAUACUCGCAAGCUGUUCGAGGAGAUGGAGGAGCGGGACGUGAUCACCUGGAACAUGAUACUUGGAGCCUACGUCGAGCGAGACAUGGCCAAGGAAGCAGUGAGGCUCUUCCGCCGGAUGAUAGCCGAGGGGACGGAACCAAACAGCAUCACCUGGACGACGAUGCUGGGAGCUUGCGCUGGCGAGGCCUCGCUCGCCGAGGGACGAAGGGUCCACGAGCUCAUAGCGGAGAGAGGGGCCGACUCGGAGCUCUUCGUCGGGAACGCGCUGGUGGACAUGUUUGGGAAGUGCGCGAGCUUGGGUGGAGCUCGGCAGGCAUUUGAGAGGAUCCGCGCCAAGGACGCCAGCAGCUGGAACGUCCUGGUGGCGGCACUGGCGCAAAACGGCGACGCCGAGGAGGCUCUCAAGCAGUUCUUGCGGAUGCAGCGAGAAGGGAUCAAGCCAACCGACGUGACUUUCAUCGUCGUCUUCUGGGCUUGCAGCCACGCGGGCAGGCUGGAGCAGGCCAAGACCAUCUUCGCGUCACUGCGGCACGACUACGGCAUAGCUCCGCUGCCCAGCCACUACAGCGGCAUGACGGAUCUCCUGGGACGCGCUGGCUUCCUGGACGAGGCGGAGGAGGUGAUCAAGAGGAUCCCGUUCAGCCGGGACGAGCUCCCCUGGAUGACGCUGCUCUCCGCGUGUAAAGUCCACGGCGAUGUGGAGCGUGGGAGAAAGGUGGCGGGCCAAGUCUUGCGGUGGAAUCCGGGUGAUUCGGCAGCGGGGGUGGCGCUUUCCAAUAUAUUCGCAGGAGCCGACGCAGUUCCAUGACUUGGCCUUGGUGAUCG